ACUUUUCAAAGAUGGCGGACGAUGAUGUUGAAGAACUUCAGGAAAGUCUAUCAAAAUUUUGCACAGAGAAACCAAAUACCCACCUCAUCUUGGUAGCUGCUCAGAAAUGCGUUAGUGGUGGAAAAUGGACCCGGCUUUUGGAAUGCUUGACUCGAUCUGACCAUAAGGAUGCUCUUGAAUUUGUUGGUUGGGAACUAAUUGGAGUCAUAUCUCAAGCUAUUGCUGAUGACUUUGAAUCAGAUGCCCUUGAAGAAAGAAAGAAAAUCCUUCAAUUAAUCGCUGAGAGAUGCAGUGCAAAGGAGGUUUGCAUUGGAGUGUUGGAACAACUUGACUCUGGGACAGACUGCCAUUUUAACAAUUUUGUUACUCUGCUGGAUACCCUUAAGACAGCAAUACACAGGCUGCAAGAGAAGAAGUCAAAGUAUGUUGGUAUGGCACUUCCAUGUGUGACAAGAUACAUCAAAGGUAUUCAACUCUCAGAUGAAAUAGAGACAGAGAAAGAGUCUGGCAGUGAAUGUCUGAAAAUGCCAUCCAUCAUGAAACAUGUACUGGAUUUUCUCAGACCAUUGGUGCAGGAAGUCAGCUUGCAAUCAUCCUCUGCUGAAAUAUCCCCCUCAAGUUCUUGCAUCAGCCAAUUAGGACCAGAGAUUAUCAAAUGUUUGAUCCAGCUCUUGGAUUAUCCAUUGGUUUUUGUGGAUUUAGAAAAACAUUCUAAAGAAAAUGCAGACCCUGAUAAUGAGGAUGAUGAAUCCAUUUCUGAGGAGAAAUGUUCUUUGACUGUAAUGGAAUACAGAACAAUUGCACUGGAAAUUAUGAAAUUCAUUCAUAUGGCUAAUGGAUCGUAUCUGUACCUCAUGGAAUACACUUCUAAAACAUACAACAAUGUUCAAGAAAAAUCAAACAAGACUUCAGACAGAGAUGUUUCCACAGAAGAGGAAUAUGAUGAUGAGGAUGAGCAAGAAAGAAGCUGUUAUCCAGUGUUAGGCCUUGGCUGUUUUGUUUAUUUACUACUUGUGGAAAAGAUGGAAGACAGAAAUAUCCCUGCAGUUUUUAGCUUUAGAUAUUUACUAAGAGUCAACAUCAAAAGCAUCCUCUUCCUUCUUAGCAGAACAGAACACGGUGUCAUUUACAAGGGUUUGGGACUGUUGGAGACAUUGUCAAAAAGACUGAAAGAUAAGAGUUUGGUGUACAAUCAGUACGAGUUCAAAGAUUUAAUGGACAUUGUUAAGGCUCUUAUAAAUGUUAUGACGAUGUGUUCAUCAAAGAAAUUGAGAUUAAGAGCAGUUCAAGUCCUUCCGAAUCUGGUAUCAAAGCUUGACACGAGAAGUCGAUACGGAUUAUUAUACACUGUUCUACAAGAUUGUUCUCAUCCCGGGGUGGCAGGCCUUUUGAUUCAUCUCUUAAAAGAGCAAGUUGACCAAGCUUUAAGUACAUCAGAAGAUGAACCUUGGUUUCAAGGCAGCCGUCUUAUGUCAAUUCUCCAGUUAGUUUUCAAACCUCCCUCGGGAGCUGGCACCGAUAAGGACCUGGUACAGGAAACAGAUAGAGUCAUGGCAGCCCUGAACUGCCUAAGAUUUGUUCUUCUUAGAGAUGAGAGCGACAAGACUACAGUAUGGAGAAACUUCACAACAAUCGAAAAGGAUUUCACGGAGCCCUUAAGACAGGCAUCGAAAGUGACCAGAUUACAAUACCAAGCAGAACUUGCAAACAAACGGGAUGAAAUGGCAGGAAAUAAAAGUAAAAAUAUGGAACAGAGCACUGAGUUCAGCGUUAAAAGUCCUGAUGGAAAAGCACUGGAACUAAUGUCGCUCGCAGACCAGUGUGAGGCUCUUCAAUCUGGCUUGUACUCUCUGGAUAUGAUGGACAGUGUACUUGCUCGAAUAACAGAGAUUGCUACUAUCAGAAGCAAAGGGGGAAAGUGAGUUGAUUUAGAACACUCGGCUGUUGGCCUGCACUCUUUGGUUCUAACCUGGAAUUUAGCUUUGAUGGAAGGUUCAGACAACAACGUUAGCAAGUUGGGUACUUUGGUAACCAGAGUAAGACGAGCAACAGUUGCACUUGGGGCCACCUACACUGUCCACAUUGAAGUUAUUAAAUUGUUAUCUUGCGUGAUUACAACAUACUUGUCACGCUUUAGAGUCUCUGGCCUGAAUGUGGAUUUCAAAAGGAUGUUAAAGCACUCUGAAACCAAAGUAAUAUGAAACGUUCAGAAACACUUGAAUGACAGUAAACAACCAGAGUUGUAGAGUGCUCUGAAGCACUCGCGUGACAGUGAGCAACCAAAGAAUUGUGAGGCGCUCUGAAACACUUGCGUGACGGCAAACAACCAAAGAGUUGUGGAAUAAUUUGAAGCACACGCGUGACAGUAAACAACCAAAACACUUGCGUGACAGCAUAAGUCAAAGGGUUGUGAAGCGCUCAUCGAACACUUGCGUGAAAGCAAACAAUCAUAGAGGUGUGAAGCGCUCUUACACUUGACAACCUCUUACCACUUUGAGCGUGGUCCAUAUUUUUGUGGUGAACAAGAAGGGGAUAUGAACACGAAUGACGAAUUCUUAAAAAUUUGAAUUAAAGUAAAGGCCCUUUGAAUGUUCAUGUAAAAGCGAAACGUUAAUAAAAAUAACACGAUCCCGACCUCGA